AUGGAGGAAAGCCAUGUCUCUUCAGAUGCCAGAAUUGAGGACCCUCACUGUGCUGACAUGAGCUCUGGUUUAGAACCUUUCAAUAAUGACCAAUCAGACAUGAUGAGGGUAUCAGAUACUAUUGAAGAAGAAUAUAAAGAAGAAGGGGUCAACAAUUGCUUUUCACAAAAUGUAACCAAAACCAAAGACAUCAGAUGCCAGCCUCAAGUGAGUGAAGAUGAAUCUUGUACAGAGAAAAGCAAGUUCCUGUUGAUAGAUGAUCAAGGGGUUCCUUACACAGUUUUCAAAGAUGAUAUCAUCUCAUCACUUCAAGAUGUUGAUGACCUAGAUGAUCUAUCAUCAGAGGGACCCAGAAGACUUCAUUACUGCCCUAUGUGUUUCAGGUCAUUCUUGUACGUGUCAGAUCUGGAACGCCAUAGCAUUACCCACUCAGAAUGCAAACCAUUUGAAUGCAAAGUGUGUGGGAAAACCUUUAAGCGCUCUUCUCACCUGCAACGGCACAAGCAUAUACAUACUGGAGCAAGACCUUUCCUAUGUAACAUCUGCCGCAAAGGCUUCCGAGAAUCUGGUGAACUACAAAGACACCAGAGGGUGCACACUGGGGAAAAGCCCUAUCAAUGUGAAAUAUGCUAUGUGCGCUUCACAGAAAGAAAUACCCUCCGCAGGCACAUGAAGAGGAAACACACCAUCCAAGCUUUGUUUCGGCAGGUUGCUGCAGACAACAGUGACUGGGAAGAAAACUUUAUGAAGAGUCUUUUAGAUGACAGUGUGCUGUGAUUGCUGGGCAAAUACAAAUGUUAACUGUAUGUUUAAAAUAACUCUUCCAGUCCUAGACCGUGCAAGA